GUUUUAGACGGAGUUAUUUAAGCGGUGCACUCCUGAUGGAAUCGACCGGAGUUUUAAACCAGCUGUAAUCUUUGGAGAAGAUGCUUUGUCUGCGAUGGCACCCGUGGCUUCGACCUGCAGAUGCACUUUGUGUUUUCUCUCACCAGAGAGUUCACAAGCUGGCCUCGCUGCAAGACGCCAGAACGUUACCCCCAAAUAAAAUCAAAAGAUUGCUUUACCCCUUCACUGAUGUUGGCGCCUACCUGGACAGCUCUGUGGAUAGAUCACAGUUCCAGCUUUUCCACCCCUCUGUGGAGGACAUUGAAAAAGCUGAGAAGCUCUUCUGCUCUUCACCAUCUCAUAAGAUUGAUUACUGCGUGUCAGCAGAAAGGAUGGACCACGCACCCACACUGAGACAACCAGAGGUGUGUUUCAUUGGCCGAAGUAAUGUGGGCAAGUCAUCGCUUAUCAAAGCGCUCUUCUCCUUGUGUCCAAAUGUGGAAGUCAGAAUUUCCAAAAAGCCUGGUCAUACAAAAAAGAUGAACUUCUUCAAAGUGGGCAGGGCUUUCACCCUUGUGGACAUGCCAGGUUAUGGACACAAAGCACCUCAAGAUUUUGUGGAAAUGGUGGAACCAUAUCUCCACGACAGAAAAAACCUGGUCAGGACAUUCUUAUUGGUUGAUGGCAGUGUUGGUCUUCAGAAGUUUGAUCGUAUUGCCCUCGAGAUGUGUGAGGAGAUGAGAUGUCCAUAUGUGAUGGUGGUGACGAAGAUCGAUAAAUGUGGUCGUGGCCCGUUGCUGACAAACCUUUUGAAUUUCCAAGGUGUCCUUAAUUCUCAGACCACAAGCUGCUAUCCUCAACCAUUUCUGGUCAGCUCUCUCCAUUUUUCGGGAAUCUAUCUCCUGAGAUGCUUCAUUGCUCAUGUGACUGGAAAAAUCCAGUUAACGGACACCUCUACAGAUCCGGAUCAUUUAUUCGCGUGAACUGGUCUCUGAUUGGAUGAUUGAUGACCGGUGACAGACUGAUCAGCGCUGGUAGGCUAUUCAAUCAGACCUGGGAUCUAAAAUUCUCCACGUGAUAUGACACAACUGUUUCAUCAGAUUUGGUAUCUGAACAAUUAGCUGUUUAGGUUACCUUUUAGGAUUAAGUGUAUUUUUAAAGCAUGUAUUACAUAUUUUUGGCCUUAAGUUAUGCAUUAUAUGCAGUAGCGGCUGCAUAUAACCAAUCAGAGUGUACUGUUCAGUAUCUUUUCCACUUAUUGGCUCAGCCUUAGGCAGCAUCCAGGCCGGCCUUUUAAUGUAAAGUGACCAUGUGGAUGUUAUUUCAUGUAUCAUAAUGUUAAAACUGAAUUUAUAAUUUUUUUAAUGCUCAAUUUAUGAACAUUUUCAAUUUAAAAGGAUUACUUCCUACUUUGCAGAAUUUAAUUCUCCACAGUCUAGGCCCGAAACCAAUUAAUAAACAAAGGUUCACCGUAUUUGUUAGUGAGUUGCAACAAAACAAUAUCCCUAAAUUUGCAAACACUUUAAUUAUUUUUUUCACCAAUGAUAAGAGUUAGUUUACACGCAGGGUCUUAAAACUUUCUACGCAAAUAGAGGCCAUGAUAAAUAAAUACAUUUUGAUUACAUAUUUGACAUAUGCAAAGACUUGUCAUAUUUUCUGAUAAAUUGUCCAAAGUGGAGAAACACAGCUUUAAGGACAUAUAGGGCCAGCUUCAUAUGAUGAAAAAUUCAUCCCAUAUAAUUAUUUAAUUGAUAACUUGAUGUUUAUUAUAAUUAAUGACUAUCAAAAAUGCACAAAUAUUUCCAUGGUGAUAAAACCAAAUUAUCAAGUAUCAAGUGCUGCAUUGUUUUUUUAUGUAUAGAGUGCCAGGUUGUGUGUAAUGGUGUUUGCUUUCUGCUACCAUGACAAAUACAUCUAUUUACACUCGCCACACAUAUGUUAAAGAGCAAAUACAAUACAGAAUAUUACAUUUGAUUAACAAAUUGCAUCAGUCAGUGUCAUGUAAAAUAGUAAAGUCACUAUUGAUGAUCGAUUAAACAAUAAAAAACAAAAAGAAUUAGGAAACAAAUGUAAGUCAGAUUUUGUUCUUUAUUGAUAAAAUUUGAUUUACAUCCAUUGAAAGAAGGAUGAAAAUUAAAAAAUGUUCUUGGGGCAUCACUUCACCAUGCUGGCUUUUUUCUGCCUUGUCUUCAAAACGUAUUGUACUUUGCGCACAUUCUCACUUCUGGCGUGUUUUUAAUAGAUCACAUACUUUGCGUUGAAAACAUCGUAUACACCCUGUUGUGCGCACGUAAGCCUUAUCGAUGACACUUUAGAAGUGUAUGUGACAUGGCACAGAUAAUCGCUGGUACCACGGUACCACAUGUUUAUCACCAAUGAACCCUUCAACUACAGUACGUCUGACAGGCUACAGCAAUGCACUGUGUGAACCCUCUGCACUCAAAAGACUCUCAGACAUGUUUUAAAAUCAUAAAAAGUAAAUUUUAUAUGUGGUUCUUUCACGUGCAUACAACGUGUAGUCUGUGUGGAGUAAAACAAGCCGCCGCUCUUGAACCCAUAAGAAGCUACAGGCAUUUGUACUUAAAGAAGAUAACAAUGAUGUUUUUUGUAAAAUACUACUUAUUGAUGUGAAAAAUGUGUGAUGUUUCAUGUUACAUUCUUCAUAAUAAAUGUAUUCAUUUUUUGAAAAGAUGUCAACUUACACUUUCUUACGUAGCAUCAUGUGUUCAUGUGUCUUGUUAGUAUUUUUGUUAUUGUGACAAAUGUGUCAUGUCAGACUUCACAUAUACAAUUUUAAGGCUAAAAGAGAGUGAUAUUUUUUUUAGCUUGUUUUUCUAUGAAUUCAUUGAAUAACUGUAGUACGAACAGCUGAAUGGUAAUAUUUGACACCCUAUUAAAACAUUACAAUUACAUUAAUUUAAAAUGAGCUUUAAAGGCAAAAAAGGAUAUUUUCGAAAUUAGAUAACUUACCUGUCACAUUUUUGAAAAGCCAUAACCUGGGAUAGUCCCUUUGGAAUUUAAUGAAUUCAAAUCAAGAACAAAGCUGUAUGGGACAUGUUUUAAAGGCCAUUCCACUGAAUUAGAGCCUAUUGCUUGUUUUAACUCUCAAAAUAGUCUUCAAUUUCUGUCUUUUUAACUCUUAAGUCUAAUAAUACACAAAUUGUACUACUCAAAAUCUGUAUUGUCCCAUCUUUAUUUGAUUUUUGUAGAAGGUGUGAAUGUUGUCUAUCUGUGUUGGCCCUGCAAUGAGGUCCAGGGUGCACCCUGCCUUCCGCCUGGAUAGGCUCCAGCACCCUCCGCGACCCCGAAAGGGACAAGCGGUAGGAAAUGGAUGGAUCGAAAGUUGCUAAGCUAAAGAUGACUCAUUUGUGUUACAGGACUGAAAGUAUCAGUAGUGAGUUUUUAGUAUAGAUUUUAUAGGUACUUAAAAUAUACCACAUGAUAUUUAUAAAAUAAAUACAUGUUGACAAUAAACAUAUUGUAGUGAUUCAACAGAAAUAUAAAAAAAUAAAUAACACAAAAAUAAUGUAGGUAACAGGACUAUGCUGAGAUAUUAACCCCCAAUCAUAGUGGGGGUUAAAAAAAAAUGGGUGAUCUCGCUUUUGUUCUUCCCAUGUCCUGCAGAGGAUGUAAAUGAAACAACUCCCUGUGGACUUGUGGAAUACUCCACAUUUACAGAGUUGGUAAUCGUUAGGUUAACAGGACUGGGAGAGAACCCUAAGGCACCACUAAAGUGUACAUUUUUAACUGAGCUGUUGUUUUUGUAAAGAAAAUAAAGUUAUAGUAUACCGUAGUUGGGAUAAGAAGUAACACAGUUGGCAUGGUUUAUAAAAAUAGUUCUGUCAAACAAUAGAUGUUUUUAAUCAGAUUAAUCACAGUAAAUAAUUGCAUAAUUUAAAGUUAACUUAGACCCCAAUAUUUUGACACAAAUAUGUUACUGUCAGAAUGUCAGAGAAUUUAAAAAAUGUAGUACUUGAUUGUACGUCAUUUAUUCGCUCAAAACUUGGUAACCGUCUUAUCGUAAGUCCCGUUGGGUUGUAUUUUGAAGUGAGUACACCACUUGGAGUCUCCUCACUCAUCUUUGCACUGACGUAUGCCUUGACCUGAUAACUGACUGUAUAACCCGCACCACCUUUCAGUUACCCAUCCAAAGGAGCAUGUGUGCCCAAAAAAUAAAGUGUGUGAUUAUUCUGAUCUCACACG